AUGGGACGACCCUCACAACCCACAGCAUCCCCCCAACUCAUCCUCUGCCUCAUCUUCUCCGCCAUCCUCGUCCUCCUCCUAACCCUCAUCCUCGUCUCCCCCUUCAACCACCUCUUUCCUCUCAUCCCCCCAGCAUACUACCUCACCCCAUCCUCCUCAGUCUCAACCUGGUCCCACCCCGACAGAAAACACAGUCGAAUCUUCACCGAAAACGACGCGCUCUUCUUCCACGACCCUGCAACCAACACCCACGAAUCUCACAAAACAUGGGAAGAGAUACUCAUGCCCCCCAGCGGAGGGGGCAUCCUCGCCCUGCAUCCCCCGGGAUCAGACAAAGAGGUUAACAAAGAUGAGGAUAUGAUCAUCUCCUACGGCAUCUCCAUGUUCCACCAACUCCACUGCCUGAUCGCCCUCCGCGGAGUCAUCUUCCCCGAGACGUCGCACAAGCAGCACAAUUCAACGUCCAAGGCGCAUUCGGGCGAUCAUGGCCAGGAUAGGUGGCAUUGGGCGCAUUGUUUUGAUUAUAUAGCGCAGGCAAUAAUCUGCGCCGCAGACGACACCAUCGAAACUCCCAAAAAGACCACCAACAAAUACGGCAAACCCAUCUAUCACAUCGACGGGGUGGGCGCCACCCACCAAUGUCGGGACUCGAAGCGGCUGUGGGAGGUGUCGGUGAAGAGUCUGGAGACGAAGGUGGAUAUGCGGGCUUGGAGGGAGGAGGCAGGGGUUGGGGUGAGGGAGUUCUUUGGGGGGGGUUAUUCCGGGGGGAGUGAUGAUGGUGAUGAUGAUGAUGGUGGGGUGCCGGGGGUUUAUACGAAGGGGAUGGUAUAG